AUGGAUGAAUUUGGAACAAAUCUCACAAAGCCACUUACGUCUCCAAUUAUUUUUGAUGCAAAGAAUUUGACACUUGCAUAUAAAACAAUUACUGUUUUUUAUUUUGAGUACUACUUGGGCGAAGAAUAUGGUGAAAUUUUGCUUGGUUACUGGUGUGGUGUUAUUGUUAUUGGAACUGUUAUUAAUUUCUUAACAAUUGUUACUCCCAAGGUUUUACUUAAAAUGAAUAAUCCGAUGGUCGUUAAGUUUCGUCAACUUUUCAGUACACCCGCUACCUUUGGGUUUAAGCAUUCUAUUCCUAUUGGAUGCUGUAAGAAUAUAAUUGCCAUGGCCACACCUACUCGUGCACAAUCGUUGGUCGUUGCUGGAUAUGUUGUUAUGAAUAUAAUACUUGGAAUGAUUAAAUAUGAGCCUUUUGUUCCCAACAUGUGGUAUGACACCGUUCAUGAGCAAUUAAUCCGAUACAUUACUGAUCGUACAGGAAUGAUGGGAACUAUUCAAAUAAUUCCUGUUUUUAUUUUUGCGGCCCGCAACAAUCUCCUUCAAUUGUUGACAGGAUGGUCUUUUGACACAUUUAAUGUUUACCAUCGAUGGGUUGCCAGAGUCAUGAUGUUUCAUAUUUUUAUGCACUCUGUGACUUGGACAUGGCUUGAACGUGAUUAUCUUUCUGUGAUAUUUAAAUAUAGAUACUGGCGAUGGGGAGUUGUUGCCACAGUGUGUGGAUGUAUCAUGUUGGGACAAAGUAUUAUUUUCUUUCGUGCCAAAACAUAUGAAUUUUUCCUAGCUUUCCAUAUUGCUUUAGCUGUGUUUUUUGUCAUUGGAUGUUGGUACCAUUUAGAAUGGGUGGGCUGGCUUAACUGGGUUUAUCCUCUAAUUGCUUUAUGGGGUUUUGAUAGAGCCGUACGGCUUGGUAGAUUAGCUUGGUCGGGUCUUGGUACUUCACAAACAAAGCUUUAUCCUAAUGAUCUCUUUCGAAUGACUAUCGAUUAUCCUAAAAGAUGGAAGGCCUAUCCUGGCUGUUACGUUUAUGUCCACAUCAUGCGUCCUUGGGGCUUUUGGGAAUCUCAUCCUUUCACAGUUUAUCAAUCUGCUCUUCCAGAACAUGAAGGUAAGCUUAUGAUUGGUGCUACUGUCAAAGAAGGAAUGACCAAGAUGAUUGCUAAUGACUUGACAAAAGCUGGUGGUGAUAAGGCUAUUAAGGUUUUGAUUGAUGGUCCUUAUGGAACCUGCCAUAAUAUUGCCCGCUAUGAUACAGUCAUCUGUUUAUGUGGUGGUAUUGGUGUUACUGCUGCCUUUUCUUAUCUUUUGGACAUUAUCAAAAACAAAUAUCAUGAUCAACACUUGAUUUUCAUUUGGGUUACACGUCACCAAUCGUCUUUAGACUGUUUCGAAAAUGAACUCAAGUUUUUGAAUGACAGUGACAAAUGCGAUGUUGAAAUUUACCUUACAAGCCCUGACGCUAAUAGCAGUGAUGAUAGCUGCAGCGACAAUGAAAAGAAGUUGAGUGAUACAGGUAGUGACAACUCCAACAGUAGAUAUUCUGUGAUUAAAGGUCAAAGACCAGAUGUUGCAACACUUUUACCCACUUACAUUAGCCAGUCUAAGGGUACUACAGCCGUGAUGGUUUGUGGACCCCCCACUUUGAAUGACUUGGCUCGCCGCACGGUUACGGAUAAUCUCGGCGCUGGUAAUGGUCGUGUUGACUAUUACGAAGAAGCAUUUUCAUGGUAA